UAUUCCUAAAAUUCUAACCCUUUAAAAUAAUUAUAUAAAUAUCUGAUUUUACCUUCUGCUAAAUUACACAUACACACUUCACGUAUAAACCCAUCUCAUCCAUUCAUAGUUCUUUCAUAAGAUUUUAAAAAUAAUUUUAAUUUCUAUUUAUGAUUAAAUACAACUUUAACUUACAACUCCAAAAAAAAUUAUAAUUUUCAUGGACGGUCAAAAUACAUAGAUGACAAAUUAGUAAAAGGUCAGAUAUAUGUCGGCCGAAUGCAACUAUGCGAGUGUGGAGGCAGAAAUAGUGAGCGGAAGAGGAAGAGAAAUAUGAUGAUGUUGUGCUUGGUUUUCCUUGUUAUCUUCAUAGCCUUCUUCAUCAAGUUCCUGACUGCUGACGGGGACUUCACAUUAUUGUCAAAAGGGAAAGUGAAACGCGAAGAAAUUGAAGAUAAGGUUGUUUGGGUUACCGGGGCUAGUCGUGGAAUAGGGGAAAUUCUUGCCAAACAACUUGCAAGUUUAGGGGCAAAGCUCAUUAUAUCUGCUCGAAAUGAAGCUGAGCUACAGCAUGUCAAGCAACAACUUACAGGAAAAUAUGCACCAAGAGAUGUAAUGGUUUUACCAUUGGACUUGACAUCCGGGGAGAAAAGUCUGAGAGUGGCUGUAGAGAAAGCUGAAUCAUUUUUUGGUGCAGCUGGAGUGGAUUAUAUGAUUCACAAUGCAGCCUAUGAACGUCCAAAAUCUACAGCGCUGGAUGUGACAGAAGAAACUCUCAAGGCAACAUUAAACGUGAAUGUUGUGGGCCCCAUAUCAGUGACGCGGAUGCUUGUGCCUUACAUGCUGAAGCGGGGAAGAGGACAUCUUGUUGUGAUGAGCAGUGCAGCUGGAAAAACUCCUGCACCAGGUCAGGCGGUAUACUCUGCUUCCAAAUUUGCAGUAAAUGGGUAUUUCCACACAUUGCGUUCUGAGCUUUGUCACAAAGGAAUCAAGGUCACUGUAGUUUGCCCAGGUCCUGUAGAAACUACCAAUACAAGAACUGGCUCAACCGAGCGGCGUGUAUCAUCAGAAAGGUGUGCGGAGCUGACCAUUGUUGCUGCCACCCACGGUAUCAAGGAAGCUUGGAUAUCUUAUCAGCCUGUACUUGCUGUCAUGUACUUGGUGCAGUAUAUGCCAUCGGUUGGCUAUUGGCUUAUGGAAAAGAUUGGUGGAAAACGAGUGGAAGCUGCUGCAGAGAAAGGCAACACAUACUCCGUCAACUUGCUCUUUGACAAGAAGGAAGGCUAAUAGUGAUGUUGGAGGUAGAAAACUCUGUUUUCAAGAAUUCAAGCUUUUCUUUUGAACAUACCGCAAACCGCGUAUGUUCCUAAUAAUGCACACCAUUCUACUUUUUGGUUAAAAAGUCCAACACCUUUGCUUCAUUACCCUCAAGAUAUGUUAAUGUGCUAACGAAUAGGAGUGUCUUAUGCUUAAUUUGCCGGACGACAUACUCGUCAAGUCCAAUGUCUGAUCAUUAUGAGAUGUAGCUCGUGUUUCACUUGAUCGUGCAUGGGAAUUAUAACAUUUGUGGCCUUGUCCUACCAUUUAGCUAAGCGAUUUGGUUA